AUGGACUUAAUGGAAUUAGAUAAUCAGAAGUCUCCGGAAAAGGAAGGAUUUGAAUACAUCGAUUUAUUAUUGGAAAAUUUGGAACAGAUCAGACCAUUUUCCGACAAAGGAAGUGCCUGUGAACAAUUCUCGUUGAACGAUGUGUACAUGCUUUAUAAGGUAGUGGAGGAAGAGUUUAGUGAAAAAUUAUGUAAAAGUAUUCUAAAUGGAGACAAUGUCGAACAUUUAAGACAUUUCCCCAGUUUAUUAGAAAUUUACUGCUCAGCUGAUCGGAACUCACAAGUUCAAAAUGUGAUAUCAAACGAGCAAGUAAUAUGGACAAUAGGAAAAUUUAUUUCCGUUCUUUCAUCACCUGUUGUUUACAACAAAUUUGGUGGUCUCUAUCAAGACUGUGUUAUCGAACUUAUAAAACUAUUGGAGCCCUCUGUUUCACUACAAGUGCAAAGACAAGUUGUAUUUAUGUUAAAAGAUGUAGUGGAUAAAAAAAUUCUUUUGACGUUUCAAAUUAGCAACGAAAGUCGAAAAGUAACAUUUACUACCCCAAUGGGGGAAAUCAUUUUGAAACCAGUGACGUUUAUGAUUAAUCGACUUGCAAGCAGUGACUCAAUUAUUCAGAAUGUGUUAUUGUCAGUUUUACAAUAUGGAACUCUAAACGAAUCGAUAAUACAUGAUGAAAAAGUCUUAAUUUACCUUUGGUUUUGUUUAUUGCAUCUUAUUCUCUGGAGUACUUCACAAAAAGCAGUGCUUAUAACGCAAAGAUUGCUCUCGAUGGAUGCCUGCAAUGCAUUGUUUGCAGAUUUAUUAUUUGAUGAUUUGAUGGCAGUUGAGCGAUGGUUAUAUGACUUAACGCCAGAACUAGUUGGUGAUGAUGAAUUACGCCUUAAAGAAGCUUUAGAAAGUUGUGAACGUACUUUCGGAGAUGCUUUUAGAAAUAUCGAUCAGUGUAAAACUUUCAGUAAAGUUGAUUUUCAUCAGUGUCAAUUAUGGACAGAACAAGUUGCUGAAAUUUUGUGUUCUCGUGUCAAUCCAGAGGAGCGUUUGGUUAACUUAUUAAUCGAUAUAUGUUCUGUUAUUCUACGCCUUGAAAGAGGAAUCCAACAACAGUGGUUUGCCUUAUCUGAUAAAUUCUACAUAAUUGUUAGAAAAAUAUUUGAAUGUCAAUUGCAAAUUAAAGCUCGAAAUGUUGGUGAAUUAUUUGCUUUCAUAUUUGUGGUAUUCGAAAAUAACGAUAUUAACUCUUCAUCUCUUUAUCAAGAGCUCAGUAAACAACUGGUGAUGCCAAGGAAUUGUUUUAUUGCAAAUGAGAUUCUUGAGAGUGUUCCAAAAAUAACUGAAGCUAGAGAAGAAAUUUUGGUCGCAUUAAUUUCACUGGUGUCGGCCUUUGCUGAGUUUGUAGAAACGGAAGAAGAUUUCUGGCUCUCGGUUCUUUCUUUGCCGUGGCUUCAAACAGCUGUAAAUUCGCUAGAAGUCAAGGCAAUUACGAUUGCAGCUUUAGGACACUUUAGUGUUUGUCCGGAAUGGCGUCGCAAAGUAUACAUUACAGCUUUAACCUCAGGAGAAAUUUUACUGCUUCGGACGGCCAUUGAAGAAUUCCCUUACUUCGCUUUUUCGAUAGAAAGAGAUACAUUCGAAUUCCUUCUAAAUCAUGUGCUUUACCAUGGAUUACGCGCUGUUCAGGAUAAGAAUAGAGCAGAAGUCUGCAACGCUGUUUUAAAGGCAGUGACGAAAACAAUGUGUUUCAUGAGUACGGGGAAACGACUAGCAGAAGAUGAGAUUUGCAUGAUGUGUCGCCAGAAAAAAGCAGCAAAUCGAAAUUUGAGUCUCAACUUGGAUAAAAUUUUUGAAUUCAUAAAGAAAGCUGUAUACAGUGAUUUGGCUACGAAAUUGGGCACUUGUGAAAUGAUGGCUUCUUUACUUAAUCAUAUUGCUUUUCCAGUUCUGCAGAAAUACGAAACAGAUAUGUUUUGUACAUUAAUUUUGAUGAAAGAAACGGAUGAUGAUUUGCGAUCGGAGUUUCAGUGGUGCUUGAAACCAAUGUUGGAACUGAACUUCAGUGAUUUGCAAGAUAAAAUGUUACUAACUAUCAACGAUCUGCAAAAAUCACCAAAAGCAUUUGAUAAUUUCAAAUUAUAUUCGAUUUUUUGUUUAGUUAAUUCUCAGAAUGAAAAUCUUUUCCUCAUGUGCUUAAAUCAUCUUCUAAAUGUGGCGAUUGUUCGCAAAUAUGCUUUUAUUAUUCCAGAAAUCAAAAAAGCUGUGGAGGAUCGUAUAGAGCAUUAUAUUCCCAAUUUACAUCCAACACAGUGGUUUCUUCGGAAAAAGACAUAUAUUUUGGAAAAUCUUACGAGGAGAAUAAUUUUUGAACAUCAUGUGGAACUCAAAACUUCAAAAGAAGAUAGUUUGUCUCAAUUUGUUCAUGAAAGAUUUGAUAGCACUGUAGAGUACGCAUUGAAUGUUGUUAUUGAAAUAUUCGGUUUUUCGGAAAAUGACUUCGAGAGGCAAGCUGUUCUGAGUUCUUAUUUAGAUUUUAUGCAUGAUGCCUGUCCUGAAAUUGUGACUUCACUUUUGUUGGAUUGUAUCACAGAAAAGCAAAAAAUUCAAGCGGUGUUGAAUAACAUUGUGCGAAUUCGAAGAAUGGAUCGUGAACUUUUGAUGGAAGAAUGUUUACCUUUCUUGCUAGUUAAGCAUCUUGUGAAAGAUUUAUCAACUGAAAUUAUGCAAAAUGCCUUGAAUUUUAUUAGCUUUUAUACAAAAGGAGGAUGUAAUUGGUCAACACUGGUUUCGAAGAAAGCUUAUGAAUGCACUGUUAGCUUGCUACAGCAUUUAUGCAUCCAUGAAGAAAAAGCAAUGAUGCAUAUAAAAAACUUGCAUAAAUUAAUCUACGGUCGUAACUCUACAUUUAAUUUCACAUUCUUCAUACGGGAGAGCUACUUAGGAAUUUUACUACAUUUUCGACAGGCCGCUAAUGAUGAUCGCUUUUUUGAUGAACGUUUGGUACUGGUUUCCAGUUUAUGUAAAGUUAUGGCAAUGAUCAAAGCAGAUGGUACCGAUUUUUUAGAUAAAACAGCUGAUAAAAUGCUCAUUGUUUUGCGUGCUUUCACAUCGUUGGGCAUUGUUGUGAUCAAAAUGUGGAAAGUUUUUUUGGAAACUCUAUCAGAUGAGGUUUUGAUCAAACUCUUGCCGCAGACUUUAGUUUCAAUCGUUCCGCUUCUUCAUUACGAAGAAGCUCGAGAGUUACUAAAUUAUAUUUUUGAUGAAAGGCGAUUAAAUUUUAGUAUUAACGGAGAUUUCAAACGCAUUGCUUUAGUUUUUUGGGACAAUCCUAAAAUUUCAAUUAAUGAAUACCUUCCAAAAGAACUUGAAAGAUCUCCUCCUGAAGAGGUUUUUCGGGCAUGUGCUUCGUUAUUGAAAGAAUGUUGUGAAGAAGUUGGCGAAGUAAUACUUCAUAAAUUAUUGAAUCUCCUUAUGAACUCUAAUAAAUUGGACGAUAGUUGUUUCGACAGCUUUGCUGCAGAUUUGGUUCCUUCGCUCUUGCUAACUAUACGGAAAAGUUCCUCAGAAAAAUGUCGUUACCUCUCUUCAUUGGCCCUUGGUUGCUUGGGCGCUGUUGAUCCAGGUCGUAUCGGUUUGUCAUUUGCACGUGAUGUAAGCAGUCUUCGAUCUGAUGUUCACCUUAUAUUUGUUGACUUUGAAGAAAAGUUUUACGUUGAACUUCUUGAACGAGCUGCAGUAGCCUUUUGUGGAAUAAUAGAUGCUAGUAUGCAAGUGGAAUGUUCAUACAGCAUUCAGACUGUUUUACGAGAAUUACUUGGAAAAGAUGGUUCAAAUUCUCAUCUAUGGGAUUCACUAAGUGACCAGUGUCAGGAUUCACUGUCAAUGCUCAGAAAAUCGAAUUUUAUAUUACAUAAGCCUGCAAAGGAACUUCCUACAAAGAGACCUGUGAUAAAUUGUGGUGAAGCAGUCGACUUCAGAAGUUGGUUAAUUCUGUGGUAUAAAUUAAUUGCUUCUAGAAUACGUGAUCAAAAAUUAAAGGUUUUAUUCAGUGCUUUGGAGGGUUUGGUAAAUGCAGAUAUAGUUUUUGCAAGUUUCAUAUUACCACAACUUAUUCUUCAAAGUAUUAUUGAACAUAAUUUGGCGUGCAUGAAUGAGGCUGAAGAAGAAAUAAUUGCGAUAUUACAAAAGACGAUGGUCGAUGAUGGGUGGCCUAGAUCAGCCGCACAUCUAAUUUUUGCUGUUAUUGACUGUCUGGAGCGUUUCACAUAUCAUCGUCAGUCAUUAAAAAUACCAUAUGAUAUGAUUCUUAAACGGAUACUUGAAAUUUUAUCAAAUAUAACAAAGCAAACUACUGCAAAUGGAAAAUGUUUAAUUGUUGCUGCAGCUGAAAUAUGCCACUGCAAGACGAGAGCUUUGAAAUGGUCUGAGCACUAUGCAAUUGGUUAUGAUGAACAUGGCAAAGCAUUGUUCAAACCUGAUCAAUUCAGUUUUCUUGAGCAAAUAUAUUUUGAUCUUGGAGACAUAGACGGUGUUAUUGGUGCUUUCGAAACAAUACGUUCAGUGGCUGAGCCCACAGUAAACGAUCGAAUUUUGUUUUUAGAAGCCGAUGGAAAUUACUGGGAUGCAUUACCAUUAUACAAGCAGUCAUUAAAUCUUGAGCCAUCAUAUACAAAAUGUUUAUUGCGUCUCAAUGAACCGUGUUUGGCGCUCAAUGGUGUUGCAGCACUAUUAAAAAAAUCAGAAGAUCCAGAUUUUCGUAAAGAAUUACAUUCAUGUCAACUUGAAGCAUUGUGGCGGUUGCAGCAGUGGGAUGAUUUAUCGUCUUUACUGGAUGAAAAACCUGAAGUGACCACUUGUGGCGCUGUUUAUGCAAGUGUGAUUUGUUCCCUGAAAAAUCAUCACUACGAUCUUAUGAAUAAUUAUUUAACUGACGCUCGAACACGUUUAGCUAGCGCGCUGACAGCAAUGACUAUAGAAGAUUCAAAUACAUACACACAAGCUUAUGAAAACAUUACGCAACUGCAUAUUCUGGCUGAAAUAGAAGAUGCGAAGACUUCGCUGAAAUUGGAGACUGGGGAAAUUCUUUCCGCAGAGGAUUUAGUGGAAGUUAUUAAUUUUUGGGAAAAGCGCACUGCAAAAGCCAUCCAAUGUGCAAAUGUAUUGGAACCUAUUUUAAAUGCUCGUCGAAGCUUAUUAAGUUUACUGGAAGGGGAUAUUGGGAGAAACUCAAUCUGUAACUUGUUUUUGCAAAGUUGUCGUUUAGCAAGACAUGAUGGUCAUCUGCAAGUUGCUUGGUCGUUUCUUAGUCAAGCGAAAGCUUUAAAUAUUAAUCAUUUUGAAGUUGAAAUGGAGGAAGCUAGAUAUCUAUUUCAAAAGGGAAGCCAAGUCCAGGCUAUACAGAUACUUUCAAAUUUAUUGAGAAGGCAUUUUUCGGAUUAUGUACAGCAGCUUAAAGCUUUUUCUUGUCGCGGCGAGAAUGACAUUUGUAAUGAUCAGCAGGUUUCAGUGGGAUUUAAAAAAGGAAAUGAUGACUUUAUAAAGGCUCAAUUACUAUUUGCUGAGUAUUCAUUACAAGCGGGAGCUAGUAGUUAUGGAGAUUUUUAUAACAUCUAUGUCUCUCUGCCAUUAAUGACAGAGCCAUCUGAAGAUUUAUUUUAUCGAAUCGCCGUCUUUUUGGAUAAAUAUUUGUAUUGUAAAAAUGAGGAUGUUGAAGCUCGAAAAGUUAUAUUGGUUCUCAAAGCAUACAGACGUGUGCUUAAGUAUGGAAAGAGUUAUUUAUUUCAUGUCAUGCCGAGAAUGCUAAGCAUUUGGUUGGAUUAUACUCAGAAAAUGGCUUUUGAGAAUGGAAAUACUCAGCCACCUCCACAGUCAAAGCCACUAGCAAGAAGAGUGUCAUUAAAAAAUGCAAACAGCGACAAUAGAGAUAUUAGAGAAAUAAAUGGAUUAAUAUAUGACGGCUUUAAAUUCCUUGAUCACUACAUGUUCUAUACAGCAUUUGCCCAGUUAAUUUCUCGCAUCACUCAUCCAAAUGAUGAAGUUUUUCAGACUUUAAAAAUAAUAUUGUCCAAGUUGAUGGUGGAGUAUCCACAUCAGUGCUUAUGGCAAUCCAUAGCUGUUUUCCGUUGUGAUGCUGACAAGCAGCCCUUGAGAUUCACACGUUGUCGUGCUGUAUAUGAUUUAGCCAAACGCAGCGAUGAGACUGGGCUGUUGAAAAAUUUAAUUCCUCAGUAUGAAUAUGUCGCUGCGGCUUUCAUUAGAGUUGCUGAAGAUAGUUGUCCAGUGGGCACGCAAUCACCGUUCAGUCAGCGUUAUGGUUUCCUUUCCAAAUAUUUUCGUACUGGUAAAAUGUGCUCAACGAUUUCGAUUACGGAAAAAUUGAAAGUGAAUGAAUCAACUCCACCACUGAUUGUUGUUCCCUUGCAUGAAAUGAUUAACCAAGCGUUUCCAACUGGUGUUUUGAACAGUUUGUCACAAUUCCCUAGUGGCAGUUCAGAACGAAACAUGUUACCGCCUAAUAUUUCGUUGAAUGCUAUUUACAUUCAUUCAGUCGAAGAGCAGUUUACGGUUAUGAAAUCACUGGUGCGGCCGAAAAAAAUUACUAUAUUGGGAUCAGAUGGCAAAAAGUAUUCUCUAAUGUGCAAAGCAAAAGAUGAAUUACGCAAAGAUGGCAGGCUCAUGGAUUUCAAUAGGAUGGUAAAUGCAUUACUGCAUCAAAAUGCUGACGCUAGACGCAGGCAGCUUUUAGUUCGAACAUACAAUGUGAUUCCGUUGCAAGAUGCUGGUGGUUUAAUUGAGUGGAUUCCGAAUCUUCAAACGUUUCGUAGUGUUGUUGAGCUGUUAAUUAGAGAAAAAUCUAGUAAUGUUAUGAGUGAGAAAGAGUGGUUUAGCAGAUGGGUGCCUAAUGGUACUGAUGAGGAAAAAUUAGAAAGAUUACGAACUGAAUACUACCCAAGACAUCCAAUUGUAAUGCCAGAAUGGUUCAGACGUUCAUUCCCAGAUUCUUGUGAAUGGUAUGCAGCACGCCUAGCUUUUACUUAUACAUCAGCGGUAAUGAGCAUAGUGGGCUUUAUACUGGGGCUGGGUGAUCGCCACGGAGAAAAUCUUUUAAUUGAUCUCAGAAGCGGUGAUGCCAUUCAUGUAGACUUUAACUUAUUAUUCAAUAAAGGAGAAAAUUUGAAUGUUCCAGAGGUGGUGCCAUUUCGAUUGACACGCAAUAUUGUCGCUGGUUUUGGAGUAACUGGCGUUGAAGGAGCAUUUCGUCGUUCAUGUGAAACAACUAUGCGCGUUUUACGUGAACACAAUGAGGCUUUACUUACAGUUUUGCAGACAUUUGUUCAUGAUCCACUUUUGGAGUGGAUGCACUCUGAAUGUCGAGCUCAGCAAUAUAAGCAGCGCAAACGAAAUGAUGCUAAAUUGUCGCCAUCAGUAGCUCAGCAACAAGCACAAGAAGCAGUCGAUAUGAUCCGUUUUCGUUUAAUUGGGUAUAUUAUAACACCAAAAUGUUACCGUGCUGAAACUAAAAAUCCACCGAUGAGUAUUGAAGGACAAGUUGGUAGGUUAAUUGAUAUCGCUCAAGAUGAACUGAAUCUUGCUCGCAUGUACAUUGGAUGGUGUCCAUUUUUGUGA